AUGAAGACAGAAAGUAAAAAGACUCCUACAAUAAAUUCGAGGCAACGAAGGACAACAAUAUUUGAUCCAGAAAUAUGCAAGAAAUUAAAACUCGAAGACGGGAUCCAGCAAGAGGAACAGAUGCUUCUACUAAAAAUGGAAAAUGAAAAAGAACUGCAUGAGCUAAAAAAAUGGAGAAACAGGUAAUGAGGAAG